AUGCUAGUCUGCGGCGGGCCCAGCUGCAUCUGGAUUUCAUCCACGCCAACUCGUAAGUGUCCGGUGAAGCGUGAACGAGGGAGAGUCCCCACUAGUGGAGAAGAGUUUGGUUCGUCUCCUAGUGAAAUCUUCAGCUUGCAGAGGCGGAUGACAGAGGCUUCCUGUCCCAUCUGUCAUUCCCAACACAGCACAGAGCACACCACGCACAGUUUCCUUUUUGGAGCACUGGCCGAAUUGCUGGACAAUGCAAGAGAUGCAGGGGCUGCAAGACUUGAUGUGUUUUCAGUGGAUAAUGAAAACCUGCAGGGUGGAUUCAUGUUGUGCUUCCUGGAUGAUGGAUGUGGUAUGAGCCCUGAGGAAGCUUCAGAUAUCAUUUACUUUGGAACAUCCAAGAAACGGUCAUCAACCUUGAAGUUUAUUGGGCAAUAUGGUAAUGGUCUUAAAAGUGGAUCCAUGAGGAUUGGGAAAGACUUUAUUCUUUUUACAAAGAAGGAAGAAACGAUGACCUGUGUGUUUUUUUCUCAGACAUUCUGUGAAAGAGAAGGUCUUACUGAGGUUGUUGUUCCAAUACCUUCAUGGUUAACAAGAACCAGAAAAUCUGUCACAGAUGAUCCUCAAAAAUUCUCAACAGAAUUGUCUAUAAUUUUUAAGUACUCUCCAUUUAGAAAUGAAGCCGAACUGAUGCAGCAGUUUGAUCUGAUCUAUGGGAAAUGUGGUACUUUGCUGGUUGUUUAUAACUUGAAGCUUUUGCUUAGUGGAGAACCAGAAUUGGAUGUCAAGACUGACAAGGAAGAUAUACUGAUGGCUGGAGCUCUUGAGGAUUUUCCAGAGAGAUGGUCAUUCAGAGCCUACACAUCUGUUCUGUAUUUUGAACCUUGGAUGAGAAUAUUCAUUCAGGCCAAAAGAGUUAAAACAAAACACCUAUGUUACUGCCUCUACAAACCCAGAAAGUAUCUAUAUGUCACAUCUUCUUUUAAAGGAGCAUUUAAAAAUGAAGUUAAAAAGGCAGAAGAAGCAGUCAAGAUUGCCGAACUCGUGUUGAAAGAGGCACAAAUCACAGUAAACUGGCCUGACAGGACUUCUUUGUCUUGUGCCAAGGACGUAUUACAGAAAGCUUUGGAAGAUGUAGAAGCAAAGCAUAAGAUUCUUAAAGAGAAACAGAGAGAAUUAAAAAAAGCCAGGACACUGUGCUUGUUCUUUGGGGUGAACAUAGAAAAUCGAAGCCAAGCUGGGAUGUUCAUUUACAGUAAUAACCGCCUGAUCAAAAUGCAUGAGAAAGUGGGCCCACAGUUGAAACUGAAGUCCUUACUUGGUGCAGGCGUGGUUGGAAUUGUUAAUAUACCCUUGGAGAUCAUGGAGCCAUCCCAUAAUAAGCAGGAAUUUCUCAAUGUCCAAGAGUAUAAUCAUCUACUAAGAGUCAUGGGGCAGUACUUGGUCCAGUACUGUAAGGACACCGGGAUCAGUAAUAGAAAUCUAACAUUGUUUUGGAAUGAAUUUGGAUAUCAGAAUGACAAGGACAUGGAGAAAUCUUUAGAUUCUGUUCAGUAUCAAAGACGACAAGCCAUGGCCAUCCCAUUCAUCAUUCAGUGUGAUCUUUGCCUUAAAUGGAGAAUCUUGCCUUCUUCUAUUACUUACCAGGAAAAAGAAUUUUUUGACCUCUGGAUUUGUGCUAAUAAUCCUAACCCCUUGGAAAACAGUUGUCAUCAGGCAGAACGCCUGCCUUCCAUCCCUCUGGGCACCAUGAGCUCGGUGUCACCAUCAAAAACUGAGAAAGAGAAACAACUUCGAGAGGCGAUCCAAAGGUAUCACAGUCGACUGGCAGACCUGCAGCCACAGCCUCAGUUUAUACCAACAAGUAGGAUCACUGAAUUCACUACUACCUGCCAAACUUCAGCAUCUAAGGAAAAUACAAAAACUCAGAAAGUCAGGCCUUGGGGCGAUAACUUGAAGCAGGAAUCUCUUGCCUCCUUUGAGCUUUCUGUCAGCCACAGAGGCUGGAAGAGAAACCCAGAAGGGACAGACUCUGAUGUAGAGUGUAUUGCAGAGGAUAAAAUUAUGAAGAAGUCUCCGCAGAAGAAAGCGAAGCCUCAACAGCACAGACGUCUAGCCGCCCUGCCGGAAAACGUCAGCCUAGGCCAGAGGUCCCAGGCCUCUUCUUGGGAAAUGAAUAGGAAGCAGAGUCAAAACCUUGUGCAGGAAUGCCAGGCUUUGAUUGAAGUUGAAACUAGCAACGGCGAUUAUCCAGAUAUAAUCCUGGUUUUAGAUAAAAGUGACACUGAGGUCUCAUUGAAACAAGAAAAAAAGGAAGAGCCGUGCGGUGAUACUCCAGAAAUAAAGAGAAACUCUUCAUUAUCUAACCGGGAAAGUGCACCAAUGGAAGAUUUAAGUCCAAGAUCUGGACACAACACCAGCUUCUCUGUGAGUGGCCAUUGUCACGUUGCUGCUUUACUGAGAGAGUCUUCUCAAAGCACAUCUGUCAAGGAAACUGUAAGAAAACUGGCAUCUAAUUUAAGGGAGAUUCUUCGGUACUUUUUCCCUAAAUAUCAGCUACUGUCAGAAGUUGGCUACACAUCUGUGGAGGAACUUGCAGCAAGUUUUGAGCUGGAGCAAUGCCCAGAGCAGACAAACAAAAAGCUGAGAAUGUGCUUCAACCAGAUCCAGAAUGUUUACAUGGCCCAAUAUGAAAGAGAACUAAAGAGAAAAAUGCAGUCCAUGAUCUAUGAUGCAAAUCAGAGAGGAGUGGUUAAUGAAAUAUCUCUGGGACAAUGUGAAGAAAAAAGAAAAAUUACUGAAGAUAAACUGAAUAAUCUUCGGGUAAAACUGGCAGCACUAUUGCAGAAACUCCAGCUGGGUAGUCCAGCAGGAGACCAGGAGCAGAUUGACAGGUAUUUAGAAGCUUUGCUUAAAGAAGAUAAUCCCCUUUUCCGGAAUGCUUUAAAUAAAGUGACUACAGAUGUGGGACACGGUCUCCCUUUAGAAAAAAGCGGAAAGUAA